GGGAGGGGGCCCCGGGGCGGAGCCGGGAAAGUUUGUUUCUCAACUCUCCGGGAAGCUUUAGAGCCGCUGCAGCCGCCCUCGCUGCCCUCGCCGCCUCCUGCUUCCCCUUCGUCUGAAUCCGGCCCCGGCCCCGGCUUGGCCCGGGAUGGAGCUGCCCGCCGUGAACCUCAAGGCCAUUGUUUUGGUGCACUGGCUGCUGACAACAUGGGGCUGUUAUACAUUCUCAAACUCCUAUGCCUGGGCUAAUUUCACCGUCCUCGCCCUGGGGGUGUGGUCCAUUGCUCAACGAGAUUCCCUGGAUGCCAUAAUUAUGUUUUUGGUUGGCCUGGCCAUCACCAUCCUUCUGGACAUCAUCUACAUCGCCAUCUUCUACCCGCAGAGGGCAGCCCUGUCCGACACGGAGCGCUUCAGCACGGGCAUGGCCAUCUUCAGCCUCCUGCUGAAGCCCCUGUCCUGCAUCUUUGUCUACCACAUGUACCAGGAGCGAGGGGGCGAGUUCGUCCUCAACAUAGGGUCCCUUGGCCCAUCACAGGAGCGCAGCGCCUAUCAGACCAUUGACUCCCAGGAGGACCCCGCCUUGGCGCACCCCUAUGCAGACCUGGAGAGCAAGCCGGCCGCUCGACCGUACUGAGAUCCCCGAGAUCUUACCCUCCUCUUCCUCCUCUGAUGCUGGGCAUUCAUCCCCCUACACUGAAGACUCUCCCUCCAUUCCCCCUCACCCUGCCCUCUGAGUUCCGGCACUGGGUAAUGUCUUGCUGUCUCUGCUUCCCUUGGGUGAGGCAGGCACGUGCCUGAGUGAUAUUCUCUCUCUCAACUCUGACAGAGCCGCACCCCAGCCUCUCAGCACCCUGCUCCCCAAGGUCUGUCUUACCCUCGAGAGGCACCCCACUGCCUUAAUGCACUUUGGACAGCUUGAGUCUGUCCCCACUCUGGGGCCAUGCUGCUGAGUGCCUAGGCUGUGCCAGGGUCUCUGUAGCCCCAAGUGUGGCUGGCGAGGGUAACUGUUCUCUCAUGCCUCAGCCGGGUGGGCAACGUUUCCCUAGAGGCCAGGUGUGGAAACCCCACUGCUGCUUCCUCAGACACAUCGAUGGCUCCCCAGGGGCAGCAGCUCCACCACAAACCCUCAGCCUCUGAAACACUGCCAUUGACAUUAAAGUUUGAGGAGUACCACCA